GGAGUUUUUCAUGAGUCGCUGGGCGUAUGGCGUGGCGGCGCAGCGGUCAGCCGAGUAGGUCAUUGAGAAGCAAGGAGCACAGGAGCCUCCGAGGAAAGGUGGUCCGCUGCGCCCCGCCAGUCGACGCCGCUCGCUCAUCCGCUCUGCACCAAAAACACGAUGAGAGCGUUCAGCUGGGUCCCGCUUCUGGGGCUCCUGGCUGCCCUGGCGGCUGCCCAAGAAAAUAAUCCAACUAGGUCCACUGUGAUCCACCUGUUCGGAUCGCCCCUACUGUCUGUGCAGAGCCGCAAUGCCCACCUCACACCGCAGUCUCGGCUUGAGUCAAUGGUGGAUCCAGAGAGUGUCGUCACCCAGGAGGAGGCUGUCUUGGAGGAGGCCACACACAAGACAGCUAGCUCCAGCCCCACUGGAAUUCUUCAGGCAGUGCAGAAUUUGGUUGCCUCUGCUGUGUCUCCUUUAAACCCAGAUUCCACACCUGCUGAGGAAACUAAAGUGGAAGGUCCACAGCUGGAUGCCAAUCCUUUCCCAGUUAAUUAUGGGGAGGAUGACACAGUAGCUGAAGAGGAAGUGGUGCCUACAAACCCAUCAGAGCUUGAGGAAGCCCCCACUGUACUCACUAACCGGAAUGAAGAAGAGUCUCCUGUUGAGAGCAACAGUGAUAAGAACAACAAUCAGGUGCAGUUGGUUGGAGUGUACAAUGAUGUGGUAGACAAUGUCCUUGAUGUCCUGAGUUCCAGUCUCUCCAAAGUGGGUCCUCUGCCCAUUGAACUCUCUGACGAUGUAGUGCUCUCAGCCUUAAAAACAGGUGAUGAGGCCAGCCUAGAGUUUAAACAUGAAGAGACUGACCCUGCACCUUCCUUCUUCAGAAAACUCACAGCCCUAGAUGCAGCUGAGGCUCCAGCUGAACCAGAACCUGAACCUGAGCCAUCAGCAGAAAAAAAGGGUAACAAGAACAAAACCAGGAAAGAAACGAGGAACAAGAACAAGAAAAACAAGAAGAAUAAGAACAGGAAGAACAAGAGGAAGGGUGAGGUGUCUGAUGUUGAAGAUUCUGAGAGGAAGACCAACAAGAAUACCAGGAAGAACAAGAACAAGGGAGUGAAUAAUGAAAAAGAGGAGGUGGAAGAAGAGGUGAAGGUUAGACCCGCAAAUAAGGGGAACAAGAAGAAAAACAAGAAUAAGAAUAAGAACAAGAGGAAUAACAAGAGGAGGAACACCAAGAAGAACAAGAAAAGGAAUAAGUCUGAGGGCAUUGAAAUAUCUAGGGAUGGCAGAGCUAUGAGUGAGGAUGAGGAUGUUGAGGAUGAGGAGUCAUCAUUUGUUGAACAGGCACGCAGGAAUUACCCUGAGAGGAAGAACAAGGGAGGCAAGAAGAAUAAGAGGAAGAGGAAGAAUAACAAGAACAAGAAAAAUAGGAAGAAUAAGGACAGGAAGAAUGCCAAGAACAGCGAGAAGGAGAGCAGAGCAGAUCUUGGCCCAGUGUAUCCAUCACCGGAGGAGCUUGCGACCAGCAAUGCUUAUCUGAUUGGCCACUCAACCCUCAGCCGCAUUGGGGAUGUGACUGUGGAAAGGGCAGGAAAAGCUUUCUUGGUGAACGCCAAGGUGCAAGUUGGACCUGUGUUUGUGCAGCUGGCUGAUGCAGCGCGUGCUCUCAAGAAAUCUCAGGUGUCCACAGUCUUGGAGGCAGACAUGGAGUUCAAAGUUAGGUCUAAGGGACAUGGUCGCAAGCUUAUCAAGGUGAACAGCGUGACCAUGGGCGGUCCCUCCAAGAUCACUGUGGCCCGCUUGGACCUGCCCUUGGAGCCUGAGGUGGUGGUAGCUGCCCAGGAUGAGGUGCUCAAUGCCCUGGAUGUGUCUCGCGUAGGCCGCAUCUUUGAGAAGGAGCUGGAGAAGAUCUUUGAAGAGGACAACGUGGUUCAGAAUCUUGAAAACCACCCAUUCUUGAAGAAGUAAACCUGGCCGUCCUUCCAGCUCAGCCCGGCAUGGUGAUGCCCUCAGCAGCAAGGAAGGUUGUAUCCCGGUCGAUGUUUGCCUUGGGAUAAACGACCCUGAGUGUUGCCAGGAAUACUAAUCUCAAGGCGCACACUGUUGGGUUGGCUUGCUGGCAGGACUGUGCUGGUUUGGCAUGGUUUUGGUAAUGAUGUACAGGUGACCACAGACAUCCACCUCAGGCUGCUCUACACUUAGCAUCUACGCAGUCUGAACCUCUGUGGUGACUCAGGGAUACCUGUGCUCCCCAUUCACACACACACGCACACACACAUACACGCACGAUCAUUGGUGUUAGUAUGGCUGCUCUUAUUCAAUAAGUUCUUAGCUAGCAAUAGAACAUCACCCGUGAAUAAAAUUUCCUGAUCACCCUGUCAUUAUAAGCCAAAGGUAACUCUGCAUCCAGCUGCAUCAUGCACUGUCUUCAUGUACAUACUUACUACCCCCACCAUUAUCAUGCUAACCUUUGUUAUUUAUUUAUCAUUUAUUUUAUUUAUGUUCUUUUUAUAAUCAUGCUUUAUCUUCCUGGGCAAUUAAUUCAGUUCUGAGCGAAAGAAGAAAUAAAAAUGUUUUUAAAAAUUGCCAUAGUUUGUCCCUCAUCCUCCACUACAUGUUGCAAGUAGUCGGGAUAAGACAGCGUGUAUGUUAAACUAUAUAACCCCGCUGGACUUACCUUUGCAGUCCUUGAGUCAUGGGCGUUCCUGCAACUCAGAGCACGCUGGGGAGAGCAGGUGGAGGGGGAAUCAUGUAAUACAGAGAGCGGGGGUAUUCCCUAACCACACAGGGAAGAAGUGGGGACGGACCAGGAGGAAGGAAGGGAGGGAGUGGAGAGUGUCAAUAUUGAGAGAACAAAUAGAGGCCGGAGCUGCCCAAGACAGUCAUGCCCUGCGCAGUGGCUCAUGUCAGGACUGCGGCAAGGAGGGACGCGGCCCCGCCACCAACACCUGCACGUCAACAAACAAAAUAGAGAUAAUGACGUAGGUGACCUCCUCUCGCGCGUCAGGAGUUCGCGGAAAGGUCUUACUAGGCUGCAGUCUGUUUGUGUGACUAAACACUCGUUGUCCUGCGUAUGAGAAGGUUGCAGAAAGGCAAGGAAUGCUGUGGUUACAAUAAUUCACCCCUCUCUCUCUCUCUCUCUCUCUCUCUCUCUCUCUCUCUCUCUCUCUCUCUCUCUCUCUCUCUCUCUCUCUCUCUCUCUCUCUCUCUCUCUCUCUCUCUCUCUCUGUGUGUGUGUGUGUGUGUGUGUGUGUGUGGAGAGAGAAAAUAGCGUCUUACAAUGAGUCUGUUGCCAUGAGCCCUUAAGGAGUCUGAAACAGGUUCAUCGUCACUUAAUUUAAUGAGCUUAGCAAGAAAACAUCCGCCCUGAGACGUUCGUAAUAAAUUUCGUCGUUACGUGCCGGAUGCGAGAGGCAGGGACGCGGGAAGUCAGUGCCACGUGUUUACUGGCAGUGUUUAACGAUGCUUUUAACUAGUCGAUUGACCAAGUCUUCAGACCAAAUAUCAGGAAAGAGAUAGUAGUGCAGUUGUAGCGAGGAGGGUGAAGUGGCAUCCCUGGAAGGAUGACGGGAAAGCCCUGCCGGUGGGCGGAGGCAGCCACGGCCGCUAUAAAGGGAGGCUGGAGCAGACUACAAUCAGCACUGGGCCCGCGAGUCCUAAGCAGAUAACAUGAUGCUGAAGGUGGCGCCGUUGAUGCUGCUGCUGCUGGCAGCGGGUGGGGCCCUUGGUGACCGCGACCUGAGCCAGUAUACUCCCGGCCGUCCUAUUCACAACACUUACCCUGGAAAUCAUGCCUCUUGGGAGUCAUAGCAGUGGACGCAGGUCCCCUCAGGGUCAUCGCUUCCGACGUUCACCGGAGGAGAAUCAUCGUGAGACAAGACCUGCUCCUAAACCAGCCAACCGCCCAUUUAUAUCCCCGGUGCCUCCACCAGGCAAAGAGCCCGUCCAGACCCUACCUGCUCUUUUGCCUGGGCAUACUUCCGUCCAGACGCUGCCCGCGAAACUACCAGAGAGGCGAGAAGGCGAGCUGCCUCCCCCAGCCAACCUUGCCAGACCGUUCGAGCGUCCACCACAUACAGGACCUCAAAUAUCACCCGUGCCUCCCAAGGGCAAUGUCCCCGUCCAGACACUGCCCGAGAAACUGCCUGAGAGGCGAGAAGGCGAGCUGCCUCCUCCAAGCAGCCUUACCAGACCGUUCAAGCGUCCACCACAUACAGGACCUCAAAUAUCACCCGUGCCUCCCAAGGGCAAUGUCCCCGUCCAGACACUGCCCGAGAAACUGCCUGAGAGGCGAGAAGGCGAGCUGCCUCCUCCAAGCAGCCUUACCAGACCGUUCAAGCGUCCACCACAUACAGGACCUCAAGUAUCACCCGUGCCUCCCAAGGGCAAUGUCCCCGUCCAGACACUGCCCGAAGAACUGCCAAGUACCCGAACAGGCGAGCUGCCUCCUAAUAAAGAAAGCCUUACAAGACCUAUCGACCGUCCACCACAUGACGGCCUCCUGAUAUCACCCGUGCCUCCCAAGGGCCACGUUCCUAUUUAGACGCUGCCCGCCCGCGUUUCCAGCCCCUAAAGAACCCGACUGCCGCCUCAUGACGAGACCCACUCCACGGCGGCCAGCACCAGCGCAGGGGAAGGGUGUCAGCAGAGGUGAUCGGCCACAGUCAAGUGUCUUAGUUUGGCAAGGAGUUCACAUUUCUUGCAGUGUUACUUUGACUCAUUAAAGAUAAAACCUCGAAAA